AUGAAUCAAUUUAUAUAUGCAAUUAUACUUAGAUAUUAUUACGAUUUUGAAAAGAUUAGGUAUUUUCAAGAUGAUGAGGACUUGAAUGAUAGUCAUCGUUACAAAGAACGUUCAAAGGAUAAAAUUGUUUCCUUUGGUUACUAUGAAAAGAACGAGGUAGAGGUGCAGUAUCUUUUAAUCAAAAAGAUAUUGCUUCCAAUGUCAUAUGUUUGCAAGGUGUGGCUCAAGAUACUACAAUCGCUAGUAACUCAUUAUGCCAUCUACUUUGGUGAACUCAAUUUCAACUAUGACCAUCGCACAUCAAAGCAAAAACACAGCACCAUUGACAUUUACUAUCAAGGCGUCAAGAAUCAACUUACCAAGACAAUGUCACUUUUUCAGCUCGAUCAUAUCACUACGUUACUCGUCAAGAAACAUUUUUGCUCAGACGACGACAACUGUUGUCAAGAGAGGAUAUUUGAUAUUCUCAAUUGGUUGCCAAAUCUACAAUCUCUAAUCCUCUAUACAAACAAUCAACGCUGGGUAAACUCGGUUGCACAUAAUUUUCAACAUCUUGAAAAAAUCCAAGUGAGAAUGGGAGUAGUAUGGGUUGACGAAGAGAGUACAAGAGAUCUUAUUCCUCUCAAACAUCCAAAUAUACAAAUGGUGAGCGCACAAAUCGAGAUACCAGAUCGGAUUCGUGAUGGUUCUUCUCCUUUUAAGUUUUAUGCACCCAUCCUCGACAAAUUUAUUCGUUACUGGCGCAUUACUUCGUUAAACACACAAUUUGAUGAUGGUCAGGCAUUUAUUCAAGACACUGGAAAGAUCUAUCGGAACCCAUACACCCAACUAUGCCAACACACAACACUCAAACAUAUACGCAUUCGUGAAAAGGUGAACCUAACAGAGCUCACACUUUUAAUCGAUUUGAACCAUUCAAUAGAGACACUAGAAUUUCAUAUGCAUAUUGAAAUCCUAGUUGAAGCCGUAACAGAUACGGAUCCGUCUACCAAAACCAAAGAAUCACAAUACACCUACUCUCAAAAUACGCUAGACCACUGGAAUAUUUUUUACUCGACUAUUGAUUAUUCAUCAAUUACCAAUCCCUUUUCUGCGAUUUGGGAUAUGAAUCAAACUAUUCAAAACCUUUAUUUGGAGAUCCCAAUCUUUUAUUCAACUAGCUUUUUCAAAUCAAUGACCAACAAUCAAACAAUAAGGCAACUUUCACUCUUCUUUGCUCACGAAAUUAUAUCACAACCUUUCUGCGAAAUGAUUCACUACAAUCAAACUUUGGUAGAACUAAAUUUUGAUUUCUUUUUCAAUUUUGGACAAGAACUUUUGGAUGCACUCUUGGAAAACAAAUCCAUUCAAAUAUUACAAGGCAGGGGUAUUGAAAAGGAUAUUUUAAGGAAAAUAUACAACCAAGUAGAUAAUAUUAUUUAUUUGGGAAUCAACAAGAAAGAAAAUCAAGGUGAACUAAAUUUAAUCAAAACACCUUUGGAGACUAAAACCAUCAUUCCUUAUCAAGAUAAACCUCAUUCUCACUCUCGUAGAACAUCCAUGGGUUAUUUUAGUUAUUUUAAGAAGAAGAAGAAAAAGAAGAUAGAAAAGAAAGGAGAGAUGGCAGAUGAUGAUAACCAUUCAGCAGAUAUCCAUGAGUUUGGGUAUUUCUUGGAAGACAAUUCAUUUAAAUACCAAGAUUUGAUUAAAAGAAUGAUUGAAGAUGGAGAACAACGUUUAAUUAUAGAUAUUGAUCAUAUAAGAAAGAAGAAUGAAAAAUUAACAUUAAAAAUAUUAGAAAGACCAAUAGAUUAUAUUACAUUAUUUCAAAACUCUUUAUUUACAAAGGUAAAGAAGUUAAGAUUGGAGAUGAUCAAAGAGGAUGAAGAGGAGAGAAGGGAAAAUGGUGAUACUGAACCUCCUCGGAUUCCUCAGUUGUUUAACAAUUAUUUUCUUGGAUUUACUGGUAGUUUUGGUGCAUUUCAUGUUACACCUAGAGGUCUAAAGGCAUCUUUUAUUUCCCAUAUGGUUUGCAUUGAAGGCAUUGUCACAAAGUGUUCAUUGGUUCGACCCAAAGUGAUAAAGAGUGUUCAUUUUUGCGAGGCUACUCGUGAGGUGACUACUAGAGCCUAUGCCGACAACACAUCUGACACUGGUAUUUCAACUACUUCUUCAUAUCCAACCAAAGAUCUCAAAGGAAAUCCACUUACAACCGAAUUUGGUUUGUGUGAAUACAAAGACAGUCAAGUGAUUGCCAUCCAAGAAAUGCCAGAACGUGCACCAGCAGGCCAAUUACCAAGAUCAGUAGACAUUCUUUUGGAUAAUGAUUUGGUAGACAGACAAAAGCCAGGUGAUCGUAUCCGUGUUGUCGGUGUAUACCGUGCACUACCAAUUUCUACAGGAGGUCUUAGUGGACCAGCAAGAUUCCGUACAGUGUUGGUUGGAAAUAACAUUAUCCCCUUGACAGAGGAUAUUCAUGGUCCAGUUCUCACAAUUACCGAUAUGAACAACAUUAAAAAAUUUGCAUCCCAAAAGAAUGCCUUUGAUAUCAUUGCAUCUUCUCUUGCUCCUUCCAUCUUUGGUCACGAAUACAUUAAAAAGAGUUUAUUAUUGUUGUUACUUGGUGGUGUAGAAAAGAAAUUACAUAAUGGUACUCAUCUUAGAGGUGACAUUAAUUUAUUAAUGGUUGGAGAUCCUUCAACAGCCAAAUCACAAUUACUCCGUUUUAUUUUAAAUGUAGCCCCAUUGGCAAUCAAUACAACUGGAAGAGGUUCUAGUGGUGUUGGUUUGACGGCUGCUGUUACAUCAGAUUCGGAAACAGGAGAAAGAAGAUUAGAGGCAGGUGCUAUGGUCCUUGCCGAUCGUGGAAUUGUUUGUAUAGAUGAAUUUGACAAGAUGACUCAUGACGAUCGUGUUGCCAUUCACGAAGUAAUGGAGCAACAGACAGUGACCAUUUCCAAGGCUGGCAUUCAUGCUUCACUAAAUGCUAGAUGCUCGGUAGUUGCAGCUGCCAAUCCAGUCUAUGGCCAAUACAAUAGACACAAGAAACCUCAUGAUAAUAUUGCCUUGCCAGACUCUUUAUUAUCUAGAUUCGACCUUUUAUUCAUUGUUUUGGAUCAAGCAAAUCCAGAUCAUGAUAGAUUAAUUUCAGAACAUAUUCUUCGUAUGCAUAGAUAUAGAACUCCUGGUGAAUUGGAUAUGGUUAUACAUGGUGAACAUUCAUCAGUUUUAGGAGGUGAAAUGGAACCAGUUGCUCAAAGUGGGACUAUAUCAACCCAAGGUGAAGAAACACCAGUUUAUCAAAAAUAUGACAAAUUAUUGCAUGGUAACCAUGGAGCCACAGAGAUUUUAUCAAUCCCUUUUCUUCAAAAAUAUAUUUAUUAUGCCAAGCAAAAAUUUGUACCAAAAUUAACAGACCAAGCCAAAGAUUAUAUCACCCAAUCAUUUGUAGAGUUACGAUCAAGAGACGACGAAAAAACAUUGCCAAUCACCACUCGUACUUUGGAAACAAUGAUCCGUCUUUCAACAGCUCACGCCAAAUGUCGAUUAUCAAACGAAAUUGAACGAUCAGAUGCAGAAGUGGCAAUAGAAAUAUUAAAAUUUGCUCUAACCAGUGAAACUAAAGUUAUACCAAAACCAAGAAAAGAGAUCAAACAAAAGAAUGACAAUCAAGAUCAAGAGAUGAAAGAUGAAAAAACAAAUGAAGAAGAACAAACGACAAAGAAAAUCAAACAAUCACAUGAUACUACCCAACCCUCGAAACCUGUUGGAUCAUCCAGUCAAAUGAAUCAAAAUACUUUGGAUGAUUUUGCUAAACGAUUAAACAAGGAAUUGGCCAAAAACAACCAAACUGUUGAUAGUAUUAAAAAAGUUUUCACAAAACGUUUUGGUGACAAAGUUGUUGAUGAAAUGCUUAAAAUAUUAAGUAAAGAAGGAAAGAUUCAUAUCUCUGACAAAGGAAAUGUUAAAAGUUUACUUACUUAA